AUGGAGACCGUGAGAGCGAGCAAAGCGAAGACGAAAGGCCUCAACGACAAGCUGUCUCUCGAAGAUUACCUUCUCCUCAUUCAAUCUCACUCCCACCUCCAUCUCACCAAACUUCAUCUCAAUCAGAUCAUCAGCAUGCACGGUUACAAGAAACUCCACAAAGUUCCCAAGAAACUUCUAAACGACGCCGUGAGCACACUGACCCUGGUCGAGCCGAGCCGCUCUACGCUCAGAAAGUACGUCUCUCCCUUGGUCAUCACUACGCUCGAGGACGUGGUCGCCGACCUCGACCACCUCAACUGGAAAGAGUGCUGCAUCACCUCCAUCGAAACUCUGAGCUCAUGGCAAAACGCCCACUCUUCCCUUCCUCUGACGAGCCCUCAACAGGACGUCGUCCGCUACAGCAAGCAUCAACCAUCGGCGCUCCUGGCCCUGGAUUCGACACCCUACGUCGCCGUUUCUGCUCCUGACGGCGCUUCGUUGCCGUCUAGAGCUUCAGAGACCGCUCGUCAUCCAGCGAAGAAAUUGGCGCCGAAGAGGAAGAGGAAGACGUUGCCGAGAGGCGGCGGUGGAGGUGGCGCUCAUGCCGCUUUGGAUUCUGUUUCCACCCAGAGCAAUUUUCAGUCCUUCGCGUUGUCGUGGCGGGGUUUUGGUACAGGAUUUGUGCUCCCUCAGUGGGUUAGUUAA